GCCGUGAUUUAUAGAUCGCCUAUAAGACUGACGGGAUCUUAUUUUAAUUAGCUGCGAAGAUGUUGCGCAAUAAAAGGGGUGGAGCAAAGACGACGAGAAGGAUGGCGAAGAAAGCGGCACCCGCGGCAUUGCAGACGGAAGUUGUUAAUGACGAGGAAUGGGCGAAGGUAUUGCAACGGAAGGGCUUAGUAGUAGUGGACGUGUACUCGGAUUGGAGUGGUCCUUGCACAGGCAUGGUGAGCAUUCUGAAGAAGAUAAAAAUGGAGAUCGGAGGCGACGCAUUGAGUUAUGCCACGGCGAGUUGCGAUCGUGUUACCGAUUUAAAGAGGUUUCAAGGAAAAAGCGAACCGAUAUGGAUGUUUAUUCACGAAGGUCGAAUGAUAAAUUUAAUGUUCGGAGCGCAUUGCCCGCAGUUCGUAAAAAUGCUGAUGACCGAGCUUGAGAGAGUUCAAAAGGGCGACGAGCACGAAUUUUCGAUAGACGUUUUCGAGAUGAGUCCGGAAGAGGUAAUACGAUUGAAAAUUCAGGAAGAAGCAAAAAUAGCCAAAGAAACAGCAAGGAAGGCUCGAAAGGUGGCCGAAGCUAAGGCGAGAUACGAGGCGGAGAUGCUGCAUCUGACCACAUCGUUGUGCAACGAGACUUGUCUGUUGCUAUUUCCUUGGAUAUUUAAGGAUGAAGAGGGACGUAGAAGAGAUAAGAAAACGAGUCCGCCAUACGUGGAGCUAAUCGAGGAAUUGCUACCAGAGAACUACGUGGUGGAGCAAGAGCUGCGCAAACGAAUGAACGAGGAAGUGCUCCAGCAAAUGCUCGAUGAAUCUACGUACAGAUUUACGGAAACUAGCAAACAAUUGCUCUUCGACGGCAAAUGUAUGUUCAUGCGACUGAAGAUCGUCGAAGGAAAAAAGAAUCUGGACGUUCAUGAUCAUCUAUGCAAUAUCUUGUUCAACGAAUCGACGGUACCAGAGUCGGAGGAUAAUUUAAAUGAAGAUUGCUACGCCGGAAAACAUUGUCCAGCUUAUGAAGUUCCUGAUAAGGAAAAUAAAAAGUUUCCUUUUAUCUGGACACCUCCGAAUCCCAGGAACAAGGGAGUUGUUUUUCGCACGAUAUUCACCGUUUACACUAAUACGACGUAUCCGUACGAAGAUAAAAUGACAAAAGUGCCAAUAACCGUCUUCAAAUACGAUUAUACACGGAAAAAUGAUUUAAAAAUGGUACUGGAAAUGUUCGACGAUGAUGUCAUUAAUUUUGGUAUAUUUGAAUAUGAUAAACCGCCUGAGGCUAAGAUUAUUGCUAAAAGUAUAGAGGCAUUCGAGAUGAGUACAGAAGAAAAAACGGGUUACGAAAUAUUCGUCUGUACCGUGAAGAAAGUAGGUUGCGAAGCAUUUUUGGGCUUCGCCGGAAUCGGACCGUUUCACGUAAGUGAAAAUCCAGAAAAGGCUAUUGAAGAAUCGAAGUUAUAUUUCCCGGACAUUAUUGCUGUAGAAGAAUCGCAAUCGGACGACGAAGAAAAACCUGAGGAAAUGGACGAGCAUCAAGAAGAUACGACAACGUAAUUGCCAUUAUCGGGCGAUAAUUGUAAUAAAAAUAUUAUAAAAGAUAGCG